GAAGAGGCCGUGUGGUAUCCCACAGGUAGCCAGGAGAUGCGGUCAUCAAAAUAUUUUAACAAUUUAACAUGGUCGUCAGGACCUCUUGAUAGCGGUGGAAUGGUUCCAACGUCUUUUCCUUUACGAGUAACUCGCCCACGUGACCAGUUGGCCCAUCCUUAUUUUCGCGGAAGUCAAAUUAUAACGCCGUCGGAGCAUACUUCGAUAGGCUGUCUGACACUCAGAGCAGAGGAAUCCAUCAUGCACCCCGAAAACUUUAGACCUAUCUCCCUUUCGCAGCGUGAGGAGCCAGUGCAAUUGCCAUCAGCUCUAACGGUGAACGAAACAUCUGAGUUAACGAAUUCAACGCAGAUCCAACCUGCGAAUGCUGCACAGGCAACUGUGACUAGAGGAUCUGAUGACACUGGCAGGGGAACACUCUCUGAGCCAUUAGCUCUCCGACAGCUAUCGCAAACGCUUAGGUCAUCAAAAGAUGAAUCUCAAAAGGCACAUGAAGUGAUAGCACUGCUUCGUAACAAUCCCCAAUUGAUGGCGGCUUGUAUUCGGCUACGAGCGGCGCAUAAUGGCAAUAAACCAAAUCCUUCUAAUAUGGCAACAACUCCACAGCAGCAAGUUGGAGCAAAUCACGGAAAUUUUAUAACGCAGAUUCCUACCUACCAGACCCAACAUCAAGCAAGAAAGGAGAACUUUUGUUCAGUAACGCAACAAAAUAUGAUGACCGGAGGUACUGUGACAAUUGUGGCACAAUCACUACCAGAGAUUUCGGAUACCGCCAAUCCGCCCGCAAGUGAACCGGCAUUUAGCGCUGCACUGCAACUUGCUGCUGCUCGGCAACUAAUUGUGCAGGCUGCAGCUUCUGCUGCUGCGGCUGGAGCAACAAGCUUUGGCCAGAAACUAAAAGAUCAGACUCACAGCCUUGAUCAUGUGAUGAACGCACACUGCCCGUCCAUUUUACGCGGGCAAACGCAGAUGAAAGCUGUCUUGCCUCUAGCACCUUCGGCAGGUUCCCUAUCGCCGGCUCCACGUAUCCCUACAUGCUCGAUUUGUCUGGACCAAUUAGUGUCAACCAUAGUAUUCCCGUGUCGCCACUUUUUCUGUGAAAAUUGUGCCCCAAAAAUUAAAACAUGUGGUUUUUGCCGAGAGGUAAUCGAAGCAAGACAUCGAGUAUACUUCUAAAAACAAUUUAAAAAAUCUGACUUUGCUUCUCUGACAAAGAGGCUUCAUCUUGUGCCACAAUAAAAAAUUCAUAACUGAA